AUGGGCGUAGUAGUUGGAUGCGAGCAAUUCUACACCGUAGCAAGCGGUGAUAUUUGUCCCUCGAGCGAGAGUGCAUUUGGCAUCACUGCAACUCAGUUCUAUCAAUGGAACCCAAGCACUGGCACCGCUUCUGCCAAUAUAUGGCUGGGAUACGCGUAUUGUGUGAAGGGGCCGGCCUCGUCUGCUACCACCUCUAGCCCGGACGCCACGACGCAGACAGGAAUCGCAUACAAUUGUAACUAUUUCCAUACUGUGGGUAGCGGGGACUCGUGCGCCCAGCUAGAGGCUAUAUAUGGCAUCAUCUUUGCGAACUGUAUGAGUGGAACCCCGCGCUUGAUCAGGACGGCCACUGUGUCCCGCACCGCCGGCCGAUUUCCCCUUUACACCGGUCGCCUGCAACUCGACGGUUUCAAGAUCUGGGGGUUUGUGGUGUACCGGUGCACCUACCAAAGCGAGUCCGACUGGGAAGAGUUCAUGCGUCGGUUUCUCUACCACGUUCCCAAAAAGCUGCAGCCUUUUAAUGGCCUCGACUUGAUGGACACCUUCCGCCCGACGGUCUUCCAGGACCCAUCUUUUGACGGCGCGACCGCGGCAGUCCUCCGGGAGCAUUUCAACAAGUGGGCUGCGGUGGCCGUUCAAGAAGAGCAUGGAAAGACCCUCGAACAGGCCCUUAUGCGUUUAACGUGCCGGUACCGGUGUUUUAUCAAGGUGGAUCAGGAAGCCUUGGAAUCCGUCCUGAAUGCGCCAGACCCAACAAAUCCAGAGACGAUCGGUAACUUCAGUGGCUUUGUGCGGAUGGUGAAUGGCCGGUGGUGUCCAGAGUCUGAUUCAGACGGGGAGUCAGAAGCCGAGCCCCUGGAAGGGUGCACCCUCGAGGACGUUGGCUGGAUCAAUGUGCUCUAUGACGAGGCGGAGUUCCAAGGGUUCUAUUUGUUGGAACACUUUACGUGGGAGGAAUACAAUCGGCGUCCCCCAGAGAUCAUGAGCUUCGAGGCCUUUAUCUGAAGCUGGCACGGGAAGGUGAGGAGAUAGGAUCGAUAGUGGUCGAGGCAGUAAGAGACGCUUUCCUUCAUUUGUGGUGGCGCAGCCUUUGCGAUAUGUGACAUGUACCCUUUGUCCAAUUUGUCUUUUGAUCAUGUCUCUAGCUUCAGAAUCGAUAGUCACCUUCGACGCAAAGUGGUUCAAAUAUAUUGCAGUAAUGG